AUGUUUCUGUUUCUGUUUCUCUUUGCUUUUCUUAACCAAGCUUCUUCAUUCACCCAAGCUCUCUUUCCAGUCCCUCAAAUCACCACUGGUUUCAGCUUUCCUUCAUUCACUCCAGCAAGUUGUAGUGAUGGUCAUGCUCAUGGUCAAUUAGCUGUGGAGUUUGACACUUACAAGAAUACAAAUGAUUUGGAUGCAAAUCACAUUACGAUUGUCACUAAAAGUGUAAUACAUCCGAUUGAAGCUAGGAGUCUCAAUUAUACCGGAAUUGACCUGAAAAGUGGAAGAGAUAUCAAGGUUCUAAUAGUAUUGGAUGGGAGGACAAAGUCCAUUAGAGUUCACAUUGGAUAUGCAUCUGAUCCAGUAGGUGAGACUUUUCUUGAGGUGCCUAUUGGCAUCCCAAAUACCCUGCCAAGCUUCAUCUAUGUGGGAUUCACAGCAUCAACAGGGCUUCUCACUGAGCGCCAUCAGAUUCUCAACUGGAAUUUAGCAUUAUUUCCAAUCAAUAAAUGA